CGCUGCCUUCAUCCCUUUUUGCAUAACACCAUGCCUCCUCGCCGACAUCCACCACAAUCCAACGGUAAUACAGCUGCGGGGAGCGUAACUAAUGCUCGUCCACAACAGACGCCGUCGCCGCUCAUACCGAUGCAACAGCAGCCUAAGCGGCAGAUCGGUAUGACGCCCGCCAUUUAUGAGAACAAUAUGCGUGUCCUUUUGCGCCGGGAACCGACAAUCACGUCCAUCUUUGACCAAUUUAGCCAUGUCUGUGUCUACCAUCACAAUGGCAGCAAGUGGGAAAAGCAGGGAUACGAGGGGAGCAUGUUUCUCUUCGAGAAGCAGACAUAUCCGCCAUACGGCUUCUUUAUACUUAAUCGAAUGGGCACUGAAGAUUACAUUCGCCCGAUCUACCCCGAGGACGACAUGGACGUCCUCGGUGACUAUGUGAUGUAUCGAUACUACCCCAAGUUUACUCAGGUCCGCGUCGCGAUGGAUAUACCCUAUCCUAUUCCUCCAGAGCGUCGUGCCGCACUUGAAGCGGAAGUUAUGCGUCAUAUGACCCCGGAGGAGAUUGAGGCUUCACGAGAUACCAAAGGAAAGGAGUGGAGAGGAUCGUCGGUGACUAUUGGUCUGUGGAUGUUCGCAACGGAUGCUCGAGAGCCGUUAAAGGAUGUCAUGAUGCGGCUGCACUUUUAUAUCAAGCAGAACAAGCCAUACCCGGAAGAAUUCCGUUACGGACCAGGCCGUCCACCCCCUCCAAAUCCACAUCUUCGUACUGCCAGCCGCUCCUCUAUCUCAUCGGCGUCGCAAGACGAGGACGACCAUCACCAUCCGCGAAUGAUUGCACAGCCUACCAAUAUGACGCAGGCGGCUGCUUCUGCAUAUUCUACCGGGGUUGCGCCCACUACAACCAACGCCGAGCUUGAUAAGCUUUUCGCGAAGUUGCUCCCGUCGGCUCCGAGCACGCCUGCUCCUGCAGUCCAAGCACCUGCGGCGCAGCCCACGACAUCGACAUUGUCGAUCGACGAUCUCUUUGCGUCGAUCACAGGGGCAAAACCCGUACAAGCAAGCAAGCCUCCCAUACCUGUCUCUGCCUCCCCUGCGCAGGCGACAUCCACUCGUGGGCUCGCGCUACUUGACUCAAUAUUCGCGUCCGCGUCGCAUCAGCCUCUCCCCCAACCAGAGCCUCAGCCCACCGCAGACGUCCGUCGUGCUACACCCGUGUACGCUCCACCGCUCCCACACAGCUCGUUGCCCUCUCAGCCGGAAGAGAUCCAGAUCACCUCCCCUAAGCCACAGUCGAGCACACUGCCGCAGAUCUUGAACCAAAACGUCAUUGCAUCUCUGCUCGGGCUGAGCGCGGGCUCUGGCUCACGCUCAUCUUCUGCGGCACCAAGCUCGGCGGGCUCGCGUCGCUCGGGUCUGAACCGCUAUGAAGGCGACAACGAGUUCAGCGAAGGUGAGGCAGUGUCCGAAUCGGGCUAUUCGGCAUCGAGCACCGUGUUGGACGCCGACGCAAGCCCGGCCGUUCUUGCAGCCGGUUCGUCAUCUGGGCUGCCGUUACUGGCAGCGCUGUCUUUGGGAAGGGCAGCGGCGCCGAAUGGACGCGGUACAUCAGGCAUCGAGGGAGAUGUGACUCCUCGUGCCGCUGUCCGUGGGAUGGAGCCGUUCUCUCCAUCUCUACAGGCGCAGGAAAACUCGCACCUGGCAUCCGUGCCGUCCGUUUCCGCUGCCUCGUUAACCACAAGUGAUGCCAGCUCCACUUCCUCCUCCACGCCAGCCGAGAAUGCCUCGCGGCAGCGGCCGCUCGUGCCUUUCGAGGCCGAUUCCGAGCUGUGGCCAUACCCACGCGCACCGCUGGAGGAGACUGUUGCGGAAGACGACGCGGACGUGGUGGAGCUCGACUUUACGGACACGCGCGCCCUAAGCGAUCCUAUACUUUUCUCGAGCCGGUUGAAGGAGAAGCAGAGUAAGCCGGACGGCGCCGAGAAGAAGAAAAAGAAGAACAAGAAAGAGCGUUUGGCACAGCGCGAAAAGCAAAAGGAGGAGAUUGAGCAGAGUUGGGAUGACCCGAUGAAGGGGCAGGUGCGUACUCGGGAGCAGGCGGCGGCGGAUGUGGCCGCUACUUCGGCUUCUGCUCCUGUUGUGAACGGUGCCGUGAAUGGUGCUGUGAAUGGCAAGAAAGCGACAAAUGGCGCUCCGGUAGCGUCGAAGACGAAUGGUAAUAUUGCGUGUUCGUCCGGCCGCAUGCAAGCUGAGGCUGCGGCGGAAGCUAUCAUCUCAACUGUGGCGUCGCAGCCUGGAGGAAUUGGCAAGGAUGUCUCUCGCAAUGAUUUUGUGCAGGAGCUGCUCACCCUGAUUCAUACGGACAGGAAUUUCGUCGAUAGGUUGUGGCAUGGCUACUUGGAGCGAGCCGCUUGAGUUUUCUUGUGUUAUCAAUCAUAAUGACACUGGCCGUUGCUUUCGUUGCCAUACGCUAUUGCUUUCACGAUAUUCAUCGUAUUUUUGGUACCUCCACGACUUCCUUAUAGACGCGAUUUACGACGCACAUUAUCGCUCCGCUCAUUUCUAUCUAGCAACCUAGUAGUCCUAUGUAUCAUUGUGCAGAGUUUUUGCUGUUUCCGCGAUCUAUAUCGUUGUCGCUUUGUAUUGUAGCAUCGGUGUCAUCUCAUCUUGAGUUCUUGGACUGAUACCACACGAGUUCAUGGAUUGCGGAUAUGUAUCACUGAUGCCAGAUCUCAUAAAUUGAGAGAAUAUCCUGCG